AUGCCACCCCCUCAACCCCUCACUGUGCUCGCGUGUGUAACGAUCCUCACUUCCUGCGUGACAGCGUCACAGUUUAACAACCUCUCGGCUUCCCGGCGGGCUGAGUCUCAACUGUACAGUGACCUGUACUCCAGCGACGUGUUGGCGCGGAGACUGAGUCCACACUCUGAUGACCAAGUGGUCAACAUCACAAUUUUCGCCUUCAGAGUUAUUGAGGUUUUAGAUCUAAAUGAAGCAGAGCAGUCUCUGAUGACCAAUAGCUUCGUGUCGUUCCAUUGGACAGACCCCGCCCUGGUCUGGGAUCCAGAUGACUACCAAGGUAUCAAUCAUGUUCACAUCCCGUCAGAUAAGAUUUGGCAUCCUACUUUCCUGAUCGUCAAUGCGGCGGACAAGGACUACCGACUUCUCGGGAUGCCAACAGCUUUGGAGCUCCGCCACACAGGAGAAGUCUUUUUUAGGCUGGGGCUUACCACCAAAACUACCUGUGACUUAGACAUGAGCUCAUACCCUUUCGAUACACAGUCCUGCCGCAUUGGUAUAAUGCCGUAUUACAACAAUCCAUUUAUCUACGUGAAUGACGUCAAACAGAUGCAUGAUGUAAAAAUCGUCAACCCUGUCCAUUUCAGAGGCGAAUGGACACUGGAUUUAGACAAGUCCAAAACUGAACUUUCGCAUUUUGAAAAUCAUCAUGAAAGGGUGGUGAUUGCUACAAUUCAUAUUAAACGAUGUCGUCUCUAUUACUUAUUAGUUUUGAUAGCUCCGCUUGUGGUGACGUCAUCCAUGACGUCCCUUGUGUUCUGGAUUCCUCCAAGCUAUGGAGAGAAGAUGUCGUUUCAGGUGUCCGUCUUUCUGGCCAACGCCGUCUUCCUGAACUUGGUGGCGCAGACCUUGCCUCGCAGCAUGACGGAGAUCCCGAAGCUGAUGCUCUUCAUUCUCUUUGUUACCCUUGCGUGUUUCGUAACUAUGCUGGCCAGCCUCUUCGUCAUUCGGAGGUACAAGGAAGAGCAAGAAAUACUUCAGAAGGAGGCUCGGAAACGAGCGGAAAAGCAACUGAAGCAGGAAAUGACGAAAACCGUGGCUGAUCAAACCACACCCCGUGAUCCUGAUCUACCCCCCGACAUAGAAGACGAGAAGAACACCCGUAUAACCGACGUCCGGUCAAAUAACACCACUGUGGCAGCUCUACACAUACUACGUCACCGUUUCCUGCGGAUAAAGUCGAAAGUCAAGGCGGUGCGAGAUCGUGCUUCGCGCAUCAAGCUCCCCAGACGACGGUUUUGUAUCUCCUCCUCCACCUGGGAUAUCAUAUUUUUCUGCGUGUUCCACAUGACUAGCAUACCCUGCUAUUACUUUCUCUUGUACAAAACUGAUACAUCGGUCAAACUGAAGGCUCGUUUGGACUUUUAG